AUGGAUAUUGUGGCGCAUUUGCCAGCUUGUCAAAAAGAUGAGAGUUACCCGGAGAAAAGCAAGCCCUGUCUGGGUAAAGCCGAAGGCUAUGCGUACCAUCACGGCACUGAAAUUUGGUAUCCGACUGGUAUGACCGAUGGCGCGAAAUAUCAAGAGUGUUUAGGAGCUCCACAAGAUGAAGAUUUUAAAUGUAGCGACCAGUACAAGUUCAACGCACGAGAUUACAAGAAAUACUUUUUGCAGCAUCGUUAUUAUUUCGGUGUUAGAGUAAGUCUUUUCUUUUCUGGAAGAUCAUUUUGCAAGCCAGGUGGUACUUCGACUGAGAAAGGCGCUAAACAAAUUCUAUUUCGUUCCGGAUCUCUUAUGUAA